AUGUUUAUUCAACCGAUCCCUAUGUGGUGGGGAAGCAAUGACAACUGGGCUUAUCUGGUUGUCGACCAUGAGAGUCGCGAUGCUUUGAUUAUCGACCCUGCGAAUCCUGAAGAGGUUAUUCCGGUUCUCGUUGCAGCUAUCCAGUCAAACAAACUCAAUCUCGUCGCUAUAAUAAACACUCACCACCAUUGGGAUCACGCCGGCGGUAACCAAGAGAUCCUGGCUGCACUUAACGACCCCAAACUUGACAUUAUCGGAGGCAAGGAUUGUGAAGGCGUUACGAAAACUCCAAGUCAUGGCGAGACAUUCAAGCUUGGGAACAUCACGAUAACUAGUAUAUAUACUCCUUGUCAUACCCAGGACAGUAUCUGUUUCUUCUUCCAAGAUGGGGACCAAAAGGCAGUUUUCACAGGCGACACCUUGUUCACUGGAGGAUGCGGGAGAUUCUUUGAGGGGACUGCAGAGGAGAUGCAUUUGGCACUGAACAAGCAUCUUGCAUCGCUUCCAGACGAUACAGUUGUCUUUCCCGGUCACGAGUAUACGCGAAGCAAUGCCAAGUUCGCGUACUCGGUAUCGCAGAGCGAAUCCUUGCAGCAGCUUCUGAGCUUCUCCGAGGCAAACUCCGUAACAGUGGGAAAGUACACGAUCGGGCAUGAAAAGCGGCAUAAUGUGUUCAUGAGACUAGAUGAUCCGGAAAUCCGAAUGGCGACUGGAGAGACAGAUCCAGUUAAAGUUAUGGAGAAGCUCAGAGAGAUGAAGAAUGAGUUCAAAGAACCUGAGGCGAAGCUGUGA